AGUUUCUUUCCCAUCCGCACCGUCAGAGGCGUUUUGUUUAAGGUUGUCGCGAGUUCUGUGCGAAGAUUUUCUGGAAAAAGGCAGUUUUCCCUGAUCCCUUUGUGAAAAUUCUAAUUGUGACUGUACACUGAUUCAGUGGAUAGUGCUAUAUGGGUAAAAGUGUUGCUAAUAAGCUGGAAAAUCUGCUGGGAAAGUGGCCCCAAUCAAGUUGAAAAAGUGACAGUGCAGUAAACAUGGCUGACAGUCUGUGAAUUGGGAUUUGUUUGCUUUGACCAAGAAGAAAAUAUUUCAUGAAAAUGCAGACAUUCUCCAGACGGCGGGAAGUGAAAUUGUUGUGAUUUGAAAGGAUAAAAAUGACUACAGGUCCUCCUGUGACGGUAUGAGCCUGUGGGGUUGUCUCAUGCCCUGCGGCUUUUUCUGGUGCGACAGUAAAUCGGGGCCUCGUAUGACAGAUGAGAGUGGCACCAUGGGAGCUACAAUAUCAACGACAGAUUGUCCCACAAGUGGUGGCAGUGGUGCGAUGGCAGCAUCAGCUGGUGGUGGUGGUGCCCUAUUGCGGGAGAGGCGAAAGAAAGUCACUGGUUUUGCCACAUUGAGGAAGAAAUUCAUUCGUCGUCGACGCUCAUCCAAGGCCUGUGAUCAUGGGCGGGUGUUGCGUGAUUUUGUAUCUGACUGGAGUAGCCUUGAGUUGGCGGCACUGCUGGAUGAGUAUGAAGCACUGGCAGCCCUCAAGGAUCUAUCCGUUCAGGCAGAACUGGCACGUCCGCCAGCUACAACGUUCAAGCAAGACUUGAGUGCUCUGUAUGACUUUAAGCACUGCACAGAUUGCGAUUUGGUGUUCAGGGGAACGGUAUUUCCUGUACAUAGAGCUCUACUAUCUGCCCGUUGUCCCUAUUUUAGGGAUCUCCUGGCCGGAUGUCCAGGAUAUGGAGCUCGAAUUUGUCUUGAGCUCCGAUCGUCUCCUGUAGAUGUUUCAAUGUUCUCUUCCCUGCUUCGAUACCUGUACACUGGUGAUCUCUGUCCUCAUGAUCCCAGCAUCGAUGUGGGACUCCUGAGGCGCCUGGGAGAGGAUUUUGGCACUCCUAAUCCUUUAGAGCACGAUUUAAGAUAUCUCUUGGAGACUGGAGACUAUGCAGAUGCUGCCCUUGUGUUCACAGCCGAGGGCACAGACUAUCAUCGGCCAGAUUCAGGGAGUUCAGAGUAUGGAUUCCGGCCGAAGUUGGAGCUGCCGUGUCAUAAGGCCAUCCUUAGUGCUAGAUCACCCUUCUUCCGGAAUCUUAUUCAGAGACGGACGCGUAACGGUGAUGAACACACAGAACGUGCUCUCCAUGUGCCAACACGAAUUGUCCUCGAUGAGACUGUCAUACCCAAACGCUAUGCAAGGGUACUUCUGCACGCCAUCUAUUUGGAUACAGUGGAUUUGUCGUUGAUCCUGCGUGGCAGUGGUUGCGGUGGAGGUGCUUCAGGGAGCCUCGGAGAGGUACAGGCACUCACACACACCGGCAGGACACGUCCGAGUCCACUGGAGGAAGCCAUGGAACUUUAUCAGAUUGGACGAUUCCUGGAGCUGGAUAUUCUGGCUCAGGGAUGUGAAGACUUGAUUCUCGAGUGGUUGACCCUCGAUACACUUCCAACGGUGCUCAAGUGGGGCAGUCAGCCUCAUGGAUCAGCCUGGGUCCACAGACAAGCUUGCCACUACCUCCGUGAGGAGUUUUCUGCCAUUUCAUGCUCUCAGGUGCUGCAUCAACUGGAUAAAUCCCAGUUGAUUGGGGCGCUGCAGAGUAAUUUUCUGCAGGCGUCGGAACUUGAAGUACUGCAAGCGGUGCUGAAGUGGGGUGAGCAGGAGUUAAUACGUCGUAUGGAGGAUCGUGAACCGAAUCUGUUGAGUCAUACGGCUCACUCGGUAACUCGCAAAGGGAUAAAGAAGCGCGAUUUGAGUGAUGUUGAACUGCGUGAGAUUCUGUCGGAGUUACUUCCAUUGGUGCGAAUGGAUCAUGUUUUGCCGCCCAAUAGUGAAGUGUUAAAUCAGGCUAUUCGACGUGGACUUGUGAGUACGCCCCCAUCGCACAUGAUUGGGGACGAUCAUGAGAAUUUGCGGGUGAAUGCGUGGAUUCGGGGUGGAAAGAAUCACGGGCUAUUUGUGCGUCCGAGGCUCUUUAUGCCCUACUAUGAGGAGAUAAAGUCCCUGCUGGAGGAUCAUAUGGCAUCUCAGCAGCUCGAUAUGCUGCGAAUGAGAUUGUCUAGACACUUGCCUGACAUCCCGGACACGUUGUAUAUGGUAUCGAGAUUGGGUACUACUGGCCAUGGAACGGUUGAUGUUGUAGCAGCGGCUCUACCGGCGCCAGAUCCCAACACAAUGGCCGGUAUGGCGAAGAGAGAGCAAAAGAUCCGUCAGUCUCCCAGUUGUCAGCGUGCUCUGGCCCUUCCACUGUCAUCCAGGCACGAGAUCAAUCGCCAAGUGAGACUGAGAGUUGUGAGGGAGUUUAAUCUCCCAGAUGCUGUUGCUGAUCUUCUCGAGAAUGCAUCGUGCUACUGCGUAGAGGAGCCUCGUGGAGUUGAUGAGAUUCGAGAUGAACUUGAAGAGUCGUUGGAUGAUGAUGCUUCUCCACCUCCAUCACCGGCUCUUCCUUCGGAAACUCCAGUUACGCAAAAUGUGGCCACAUGUUAUGGACGUAACAUGACAUUCCCGCGUCAGCAGCAUCAGCAACAGAAUCACGUGAUCAGGCGACAGGAACUGCCAGCGUUGAUAAUUGAGGGUGAUGCCAGUGGAGGCUAUAGACUGCCAAUGGCUGAGCAAGAAUCUAGCUCUUGCUCUGACGGUCACUUGUCCGAUAUCAUGCCAGAUGUAGCAAUGGCUACGGCUUCUCUUGGUCAGCUGCAGCUCGGGGAGCAGGGUGAGAGUAUGCAGUUAGAUCUUGGAGAUGGCUCUAGUCAUCUGAUGGGAGCUGUUGCAAUGAAUGUUCAUACAAUGCAGCAGCAUCGUCACAUGUCGGCACCUUCUCCGAGCAAUUUUCACCACUUUAUGCGUGGUCCGCCGUCUCCAUCACCGUAUGCAAUGCACCGACAGAGUCCGGCGCCUGGAUCAUAUCACUCGGGCCCACCGCGAUUUUUAUAGAAGCUCCAAGUGGCCCCAGAUGUGGGCCUCCACUUCAGUUUGCCUUUCUAGAUGACACACUCGCGCGAAAAUCGACCAUGGAGGAAUGAUUGGGACUGCGAAAGAAGUUCAGUGAUUGUUCUGCCUGGACAAAAGACAGAGAAAAAAUUAUUGGGAGAUUGAGGAGAUUUUUGAGAAUUUUCUCAGUGCCGAAGGAGCAUCUGAAGAUGUGGAGGAGGAGGGGGAGGAGAAGGCGGAUGAAUGUUGGGAGAAGCAAGGCAGGUGAGUUCUAUGCGAUUCAAAAUCGUAAAGUUUCCAAGCACGAUUGAAGAGGAAAUUGAAAGCUACAAAAAAAAAUCUUAGAUUUAGAAACUCUACAAAAAAAGAAAAGAAAUAUUACGAAAAUAUAUUUAACAUAAAAUAUGAUAAUCCAUAAAUUAUUCGUGUAACUUAUUAUUACAACAAAAGUGAAGAAUGAAAAAAAUGAGAGAAAAAUAUUCAAUAGGUAUUAUAAUUUUUUUUUUAUUAAUAUUAUUAUUCGCAAUGAAUUGGCGAUGAAACGACGACGAUGAUUGCGUGAGCGGAAAAUGUGUGCUUAUGUGGGAUAUUUUUUUUAGCAAUAAGUGCAAGAAAUGGUGGAUUUUUUUUAUUAUUGAAUUGUUUUAUUUAAUUGAUUUUCAUAUCUUCUUUUUCAAUUCACUCCCAUUGAGACUCAACUCUAUUAUAUAAUUUUUAAAAUGAAUUAUUAUUUAAUUGUAGUUUUAUUUAGAAAAUGGUCGUUUUAUGGGGGCUAAAAAGUAACAAAUUCUCUGGCCAAAAAAAAGAAAUAGACAUAAAACAUCUAUAGAUUGAACGAGUAGUUCGAUAACUUAAAGACAACAACAAAAAAGAAAUUAGGAAAACUAUGCAAAUGACAAAAAAAACACAAACUAUACGUACCAUCAAUUUGAAAAAAAAUGAAAACUUUCAAGAAUAUUUCAAAGGAAUAAUCAUAAAGAGUUAUUAAGUAGGAAUUAAAGAUAGAUAUAUUUUUAAAACUAUAAAAGAAAAAAAUCAAUAAAAUAUACGCGUCGUUCAUUUAGGGCAAUAAGAUUUCAGAGAAAACAAAUUAUAUUUUUCUGUAGAGAUAGGAAAAAGAAAUCACGUGUUUUAUUUCUCAUUUUGGAAAUAUUCAUAUUCACUAUUUUAGGUUUGAUAGUUUCAAUUUAUAGAAACUUUGUCAAAAUUUAAUAAGAAAAAAAAAGUCAAGAUGAAAUUUGAAAAACUGCCAGUGACUUAUUUAAUCGCAUUAACAAUAAUGAAAAAAAAAACAAAAGAAACAAAUUAAGACAAAAUUCUUUCAUAAGAAUAAAUUCAAAAUUAAAAAAAAUGGGCUUCAGUUCUGAAAUUCAAGAUCAAGAUCAAAAUCAAGAAAAUUUCAAGACUUUAGUACUUCUGAAAUCAAAAAAAAAAACAUCAGAUCAAGAAAAAUGUUGGAUUCUUGAUUAUCCAAGACACAGACUGCAAGUAUUUCAAGAUUUCACAACGCCAGAUUUCUUUCUUUCUCCAAAUUAUUCCAAGGGCCUCCCAGAAGAUCUUGAAGAAGAAAAAGAAUCAUUAAGAAUUGGAGCAGAGUGUAGUUUUUUUUUAGGUGAACACAAGUGCUUUACUUACAACAAGGUAAGGAGUAAAUAAUAUGUCGUCGGAUCAGCAACGGAGCUAACAACAUUUGCCUUGUAUCUACAUGCGUUACAAAUGCCACGCUACGAUGCGUCGGUCGUUUACCACGAAUGUAGACACAAAGCAAAUGCUUUUAGCACAGUUGCUGAUCAAACUAACGAUAUAUUACUUACUCCUUGCCUUGCUGUAAAUAAAAGUGUUAAUUUUCACAUAAAAAAUACUAUAUUUACAAUUUUUAUACGCGUCUCAUCCGUCUGCUUUCUUUGUAAACGACUGACACAUCGCUGCGUGACUUAUGUAGUGCAUGUAGACACAAAGCAAAUGCAGUUAACACAGUUGAUGAUCUAACCGACGAUAUCACGCUAGACACUAAUUUUUCCAUCUUUCUGGCAACAGACGAAUUCCGAGUUCGAAGGUUUGGUCUUCAAGACUUAAUCUAAAAAUCGAACCAAUUCGUAUACCAGUUCGCGGAGUUCGCGAGUCAUCGAUGGAAAGAAGUAAUUGGAAGAAGUAAUAUAAGGUGAAUGCGGUUGGUAUGGUAGAACAGGACAAAGAACCUCUCACUUGAACGGUGCCAAGUCAUUCUUCACGGGUUUUGCAACAUAUAAUCGAGCAUUGUUAUGUUGCAAAAUUUCUUCGUCGUUUUUCUUGAUCUCGCCUUAGAACAUGUCAUUAGGAACUUUGGAUAUAACUAACGAUCAUGUAUCCUAUAUAAAUCGUCGCAUCUAUUUGUAUAUGCGGAUAUGAUAUCAAUGUUAUGGGUUGUAGUACGGUAGCUGGUGAAGAAGACAUUUAUUAAUUGGCCACUGCUGCGGGGAGGUUGGGACUCAGUGAGAACUCGUGCCAACGACUGGAAGACGAAUUACAUGACAACCGGAAGCAACGGAAUUUUGAAACUCUCACUCGUACCCGUCAGCUCUUUAGUGGCCGAGAGAAAUCGACUCGCACUCUCUGCAGGCUUAAGUCCUUUUGUAACGAUUCCCUUAUAGCAAAAGUAGUCGUUGCACGUGUAAUCAAGAAUCUGCGGAGUGUACGCGUUGAUUUCUUUCGGCCUCUAAACAGGUAACGAGAGCGAGCGCAAGUUUCAAAUAUUGACCCUCAGAGCCUGUCAAUUCGUGGAACUUUGAGGUCUUCAAAGCAUUGAGUACUUCGGAUCCACAGUGUCUUGCAUUACCGAUAUUCCGUUCCAAAAACGUUUCUCGAAGAUAAUAAUAUAUAAAACUAUAAUCCUCUCGUUCAGUAACCUUCCUGAUUUGAGAGCUCUCUCCGGUUGAGGUUUUUCCUUUACCGAUUCGAAGGUAAAUCAGAGAGAACUUACCUAAAAAUCAGCUGGCUGGGACACAUCCAGGGAAUACCAGACUGAAAGAAUGUCCAGAAAGCUACUAAAAAGUUAGCCUGAAGGGACAAGGAUGAGAGGACGUUCUAGAAAAUGAUUGAAAGAAGUAGUAGACAAUGUUCUUAAACAGCUGGGGGUACUGAAGUGCUGGAGGGAGCUGCCUGACAGUCGCCAGGACUGGAGGAGAUUAGUAAGAGAGGUCCGGUCCCUUAUAGGGCUGUUACAGCCACCUAAGUAAAAAUAAGGUUCUUGAUUGAUUAUUGUUUAUUGUACUUGGACCUGAUGGUCAUUUUCUACAAGCAGAAAUGGGGUGCAAGAAUCCACUCGAUCUUUAAUAUCUAACCAACCGACAAUACUUUGACAAAUACGUCUCAAUGAAGUCUAACAUGUGUUAGCCGUUAGAAUAAAACUCUGAUGUCAAUAAACUUGUAACUGGAAAAAUUAAUUCAAGAUAAAUCAAAAGGAAAAACCUUAUGAGACUAAUCCAGUGGAAUAUGAUUCAAAGAAGUAUAAGGGCUUAAGUAAUCUGUUCUGAUUGUACAAUUACAGCAAUGUCAGAGUGAAGCUUGAAUUGGAAUUCUAAGACCAGUUGUAGCAACGAACACGAUUGUCCCUUCAAAAUCUUCACCCUAGCACUCAAAGCGGCUGAAUACCCAAGGUUUUUGAUUUCAUACCUUCUACGUUCUUGGACAAAACUUGGAUAAUCUACUAAACGAUUUGGGAGACACUAAAAUGUUGUGGUCGUUUCUUCUUCAAGGCCUCGUUGAUAUACAUCAAUUCUCCUCGAUAGUCAUCCACAGUGAUGGUUUAUCCAGUCUUCAGUAGCUCAUACUGCAAUGUUCCUAAACAAUCCGACAAAAUACCAAGCAUGCGCUUAAAACCAUGAAUAUUUCGUUUUUCUGUUGAUGUUGACGUGUGUUUAUGGUUAGGCCUGCCCCAUAUUUUUUAUGCUUAAGAUUAUGGGAGUGUAUCCACUUUACAUCUUUGAAUCAUUUACUAAGUAUUUCGUAUCUUCAAAAUGAAAGUGUUCUAGCUGCAUUUUCUUUGUGUCUGCAAUCGUAGCGAAUGAUGUCAUGAUACGUCGUUUAGCAACAAACGCUGAUGCAAAGCAAAUGUACUGCUGACUAAUCAACUCUAGCUCUAGCAAAUACAGUUUGUGUCUGACAUGCGUCUCCAUCGAUAACUGCAUCAAAUCCUUUGCCUUCAAACUUUUUCAGUGAAAUAGAGGGUUCUUUAUCUUUGACAAUAAAAUCCCAAUCUCUAAAAUAUCCAAAUCAAUUUUUAGAUUUUGCUUUUGAUAUAUAGCGUUACGUAAUAAAAAAAAUAUGUUUACGUUUUGGUGAGAAUGCCUAAUUAAUCCUGAUGAUGGCGCUGCAUGAUGAAGUUAGAAAUGGUAUUGCCUGAUGGAAAUCUGCUGAGAUGACGCCAUCUGACGAUUAUUACUGGAAAGUUUUUCACACUCAUAAUAAUGUUGAAAUAACCUCGUUAAGACACUUUAAGUUCCACAAAUAUACCCAAAAAAAUCUUAAUCUUGUGAAUGUCUUUCACAGCUUGAAAAUUUCGAUCUUGAUUUUAGUUUCAGAAAUGAGGUAAUUGUGUAUAUAAAAAAAUGGUUAAUAGGGGUUAAAAUAGAAAGAGAAAAAAAAGAAAUAAAUACAUUCUGAGAUGAACAAAAAUUAAUGGGAUCAUCCAUGUGUAAUUGUCAUUGAUAAAUUUAAAAGAAAAAAAAGUAAACUAUAAAGAAAUAUAAAAGUCUAAGAAGCAAAUAACUAUGAAAAAGAAAUAUAAAUAGAUAAUUUAUUUUUAAACAAGAAAAGGAAUGAAAUGAAAGUAAAGUAAAAACAAAAUCCAUAAAAAAAAUAAAUAAAAAAUAAUAGAAACUACACUUAAAACAAAAUAAUAAUAAUGAAAGGAAUUUUGAGUGGAAAAUAGACAAUUGCAAGGUGAGAAGGAUAAUACAAAAGAAGGGACAAAGUUUGUGUAGGGAAAUUGUGAAAAUUUUUUCUCUAUUGACUAAACUAGAGGUUUCGAAUGUUUAUUCAAAAACACAUGAAUCAAGCCAGAAAAAAAGAAUUAUCCCCUAAUUACAAAAAAAAACAA